AUGUGGCUGCAGAACCUGCUUCUCCUGAGCACUGUGGUUUACAGCAUCCCUGCACCCACCCGCCCAGCCAGCCCUGUCACCCAGCCCUUUCUACGCGUGGAAGCCAUUAAGGAAGCCCUGACCCUUCUGCAACAGUGUAAUGACACUGCUGCUGCGAUGACUGAAACAGUAGAAGUCGUCUCUGAAAUGUUUGACCCCAAGGAGCCGACAUGCCUGCAGACCCGCCUGGAGCUGUACAUGAAGGGCCUGCGGGGCAACCUCACCAGGCUCAACGGCUCCUUGACCUUGAUUGCCAGCCACUACAGGCAGCACUGCCCCCCCACCCUGGAAACUUCCUGUGAAACCCAGAAUAUCACUUUCAAAAAUUUCAAAGAGAACCUGAAUGAAUUUCUACUUAUAAUCCCCUCUGAAUGCUGGAAGCCAGUCCAGAAGUGA